CAGCCUAGCGUAGCGAGGCUUAGCCUAGCCUACACACGUACUUCAGUGCUGUUGCAGGGCCAGGCUAGUUAUUAUUAGUACCGUGUUUAUGUUGUAUCGCAUUCUUAUAAAUAAAUUUAUAUGCUUAAUAUUCGGUAAGAUUUCUUUCGGCCUUUAACAAAAUGGAAGAAAAGGAAAAAAGGAAUGUUUCUAAACCAGAUAUUGAAAAAUUGCAGCAGACAAAACGUAUUUGUCGUGGAGCACAAGAUAUUAUCAAGAAGCUAAGUAACAUAACCAAAAUAAAACAGGCACAUAGAGCAGUAUUUGAUCGUGAUACAAUUGAGUUACGUAUGAGAUUGAAGGAUUUAUCCGAGAGAUUGAUGUUUCUUCAACCAGAAACUUUUGGAAGAAAGGCAGAGGAAUUUCUGUGGUGGAAAGUGUACUAUGAUGUUAUUAAUGUAAUCAAGAAAAAUAGGAAGCAUGUUAGGCGUGGAUCAUCGUUGGAAAGUGCAUAUCGUACUCAUCUUAUCUCUGCUAUUGGGUUCUACCAUCAUUUGCUACUUAGGCUACAGAAGGAGUUUAACUUGAAUCUCAAAGGCAUUGUGGACCUAAUCGACAUCUCAGAAAUGAUCUCCGAAAAGGAUAAAACUGAGGCGACUGAAAAACCAAGUGAUAAGGCAAAGCAAUGGGCAGAGAAAGCAUGUCAUCGCUGCCUCAUCUAUCUUGGAGAUUUAGCUCGCUAUCACCAGGAUUUUGAUGGUUACCGCAGUCAAGUUCUUGCUCAACGCUACUACCACCAGGCCUUGCUGUAUAAUCCGGACAUCGGGAUGCCUCACAACCAGCUCGGCACACUUGCUGGCAUGAGGCACCAGAGUGUAGAUGCAACCUAUCACUACAUAAGAUGUAUGUUGGCUGAUAUACCUUUUGAAGGAGCUAGUGACAACCUUGCUAAGAUAUUCCAAAGGAACCGGAAGAAAUUUAGGGACCUACCGGAAACGAAUAACCGUGAUUUACCCCCAGACAUACAAAGACCAAAAGACAUCAAGCAUAUGUUGAUAAAGUUCCUGCGUCUUCAGGAUCUUCUGCAGCCCGAGUCGAACCCUACAAGCCAGGAGUUGUCCGGCCUUUGCCAAGCUGUGCUGCAUGACUUCAACCUCUGCAUGUACUAUCCUCCAAACCCCAAGAGUAACUUGGCACCGGUGAUUCUCAAGAAUCUAGAUGACAUUAGAGAACAGCACGUCUCAGCCGAUGUCGUAUUUAAAGUUGUCAUGAUGGCCCUGAUGACAAUUUACAAACUACAAAAAGCAGGCUCCAAGCAUGUGUCUGCUGCCAUUGCCUUCACGUUAGCACUUUUCUCUCAUCUUUUGAACCAUGUUAACAUGAGAAUCCAGAAUGGUCUUUAUGAUGUACAGCAUCCCAGCUCACCUGGUGCUUGUGAUAGCAAUAUACAAAUGUCAGAUGAGACUGAUGAGGAUGAUGAGGAGGAAACUGUAAAAUCUGGUCCCACAAGUCCAAGCAAUACAUUAACACCCUCCCAGAGUCAAGAUGCAGACAGCAGUGGUGCAGUUAGCCCAUCCAAGAAGCUCUCCAAAGAGUCUAAGAAACAAGCUAGCAAGUCUCUUCGAAGGCGCCGUGCCCAUUACCUGAAUCAGGACAAAUCUUCUAGCGAGCAGUAUGACCUCAGUGAGGGAGAACUAAGCAUCAGCAGCCAAUCAGAUUUUAGUACAUCUGAUGGAGAGCUUCACAGUGAGGGUGCACCUUUCUCCUCUGGGUCUGACAGUGAUUUUCUUAUGGACAGUCAAGAAUUUGAGAUCUCCAAGUCGAAGGAGAACAGGAAUCAGAGCCCAGAUACGAAGUCAGCUUUGCAGAUUUCGGUUGAGCAGAUGCCAGCUGGUGCCAGAGGAAGCCCUGCUACAAUUGCUCAGAAUCUAAAGGAUCUCUCGUCACAGCUUUUCUCUCAAAACCCAAACACUAGCUUUUUAAAACGAAACAUUCGCCUUGCUCCAUCCUUUGAGGCAUACGAGAAUGACAUAUCAGUGGUCGAAGGUAAAGGUGAAGCGUUAGACGUUAAAGAUGAUGGUGACCCUAAAGAAAGAAUGUCAGAGAAUGAAGAUAAAGGAGAUACCAUUCAGAAAUUGAUAUCUGUAUUGGCAAAUGAGGAGUUGUUACCAAUUGUAAAGCUUUUCUGUGAUUGGCUGAGAGGUCAUUCAGAUAUUAUUACUACAACAGCUCAGAGUUCUCACACGCUAUGGGCUCGCUUGGCACUGCUCUUGAACCAACUUCCACGAGAAAAACAACUCUGUGAACCUGACACCUGCAGACAACCAGUAGAAGCCAUCAUCAAUGAAGCUAAUCAGAACGUGCAAUGGCAUCAGGAACUGCCAAUCACUGAAGACAUCAUGGUAUGGAAGAUUCCUCCACUUCGAGAUGUCCAAAAAUGGAUGAAGUUUGAUCUUUGCCACCAACUCUGCCUGUCAAAUCAUGAGGAGGUGUUGAUUCGUGUGGUCUGCCUUCGUCAGUUUGGACAUUCAUUGAGUAAGGUACGCGGUUUCACAUUCACGUACGACAGUGAAAAUAUGGUGUUCCUUGCCCCGUCCCAAGGGGAUGGGGAGGAGGUUGGCCAAAUCAAAACUGACUCAUUGGACAGAAUUCAAGCUCAGAAGAAAAUGGUAAGUGAUGAAUAUGUGUUAUUGAGAGCUUAUUUUUGUUUUCCCUCUCUGAUUCAGUGGUGGAAUCCGUAUACAGUGGAAUCUCCAAAUUCCAAAUGCCCAGAAAACCGAAUUUCGCGCUAAACCAAACUUUUUUCAUGUCCCAAAACCAUUCCUAUUCUUAUCCCAGACGGCAAAAACGUGUCUAGGUCAACACCCUAUCACGAACGCGUCUGAGAAAUCAACCAUUCUAAUUAC